AAACCUGAAGAAGUUGUUAGAUUAUUAUGUGAGAGGCUUCGUAAAGAACGACUUUAUCUGGAAAUGACUCAGGCAGAUGUUGCUGCACGUGCUGGUAUUGGUGUGAAUACAGUAUCCAAUCUGGAAGCAGGCCGAUUACAAGAAUUAGAGGAACUCUUCAAACCUCAUUUAAACAGUGUAGAUGAUAUUCUUCGCUAUGAGAGCAAUACGGCUCGCCAACGUAUCAAAAGGAAAUAA